AUGGAGGGUCUGGUUGCUCAGUGUUCGGCGCGGCUCCUGCAACAGGAAAAAGAAAUUAAGUUUCUGACUGCUGAAAUUGAUAGAUUGAAAAACUUUGGAUGUAUAGGAGUUUCUCCUGGUUUGGAUCAGUUGCGAGAAGAAAAUUCAAAACUUAAGUAUCGCCUGAAGGUGCUCCAAAAGAGUCUUCAAGCAGAAAGAAAUAGACCAACCAAAAGCAUGAUUAACAUCAAUAGCCGCCUACAAGAGCUCUUUGCUUGUGCUAUUAAGGGUGCUUAUCCAGACUUGGAAAGUCCUCCCCUGAUAGUCACACCAAGUCAGCAACCAAAAUUUGGGGAUUAUCAAUGUAACAGUGCUAUGGGCAUCUCAAAGAUGCUGCUCAAAAGCCAGGAACAGAAAGUUAACCCAAGAGAAAUUGCAGAAAAUAUUACCAGACACCUUCCAGACAACGAGUACAUUGAAAAAGUUGAAAUUGCCGGUCCUGGUUUUAUUAAUGUACACCUAAGAAAAGAUUUUGUAUCCAAACAACUGACUAAUCUUUUGUUGAAUGGAGUAAAACCACCUGCUAUUGGAGAGAGAAAGAAGGUUAUAGUCGAUUUUUCUUCUCCAAAUAUAGCAAAAGAGAUGCAUGUAGGCCAUCUUCGGUCAACCAUUAUAGGAGAGAGCAUGUGCCGACUCUUUGAAUUUGUAGGAUAUGAUGUACUCAGGUUAAAUCACAUAGGAGACUGGGGAACUCAGUUUGGUAUGCUCAUCGCUCACCUACAGGAUAAAUUUCCAGAUUAUGUAACGGUUUCACCUCCUAUAGGUGAUCUUCAGGCCUUUUAUAAGGAAUCUAAGAAGAGGUUUGACACUGAGGAAGAAUUUAAGAAGCGAGCAUACCAGUGUGUGGUUCAACUCCAGAGUAAAAUGCCAGAUAUCACAAAAGCUUGGAAUCUGAUUUGUGAUGUUUCUCGCCAAGAGUUCAAAAAAAUCUAUGAUGCUUUAGAUAUUUCCCUGAUAGAGAGAGGGGAAUCAUUCUACCAAGACAGGAUGACUGAUAUUGUGAAAGAAUUUGAGGAGAAAGGAUUUGUGCAGGUGGAUGAUGGGAGGAAGAUUGUGUUUGUCCCAGAAAUCUCAGUUCCACUAACAAUAGUAAAAUCAGAUGGAGGUUAUACUUAUGAUACAUCUGAUUUAGCUGCUAUCAAGCAAAGAUUAAUGGAAGAAAAGGCAGAUGUAAUUAUCUAUGUGGUAGACAGUGGACAGGCUUUACACUUCCAGGCGAUAUUUGCAGCAGCUCAGAUGAUUGGAUGGUAUGAUCCAAAAGUGACCCGAGUAAGCCAUGCUGGAUUUGGCGUAGUGCUAGGAGAAGAUAAGAAAAAAUUUAAAACUCGUUCAGGUGAUACAGUGCGCCUCAUUGAUCUGUUAGAGGAAGGACUAAAAAGGUCUAUGGAUAAACUGAAGGAAAAAGAAAGAGAUAAGGUUUUAACUCCAGAGGAAUUGAAGGCUGCUCAGACUUCGGUAGCUUUUGGGUGCAUCAGAUAUGCUGAUCUUUCCCACAACAGGAUGAAUGACUACAUCUUCUCCUUUGACAAAAUGCUAGAUGACAGAGGAAACACAGCAGCUUACUUGCUAUAUGCCUUCACUAGGAUCAGAUCUAUUGCCCGUUUGGCUAACAUUGAUGAAGAGAUGUUACAGAAAGCUGCUAAGGAAACUAAGAUCAUUUUGGACCAUGAGAAGGAAUGGAAGUUAGGACGGUGCAUUUUACGUUUUCCUGAGAUUCUGCAAAAGAUUUUGGAUGACUUGUUUCUCCACACGCUUUGUGAUUAUAUCUAUGAAUUAGCAACCACUUUCACAGAAUUCUAUGAUAGUUGUUACUGCGUGGAGAAAGAUCGCCAGACUGGAAAAAUACUGAAGGUGAACAUGUGGAGGAUGUUAUUGUGUGAAGCAACUGCUGCUAUCAUGGCUAAAGGAUUUGAUAUCCUGGGUAUAAAACCUGUUCAGAAGAUGUGAUUAAACCUGUAUUUGAAACAUUUUGUUUUUUACAAAAAUGGCCAAUAGCACUCAUUGCUUUUUUAAUAAUCAUGUGGAGAAGAUAUUUUAAAAAAUAAAGGGGAAAAAUGCAACUUUGUUCAUAAA